AACGUGCGCCCAUCAGCUCAGUAUUUGUGCACUAGUGACUGGUGAAGGUAGUGCACCUUCCCGAUCGCGUAUAACAGUAUGACAGUUCGUUCGAUUGUAGCCUUAAGUUUGCUGGUGGUAGUGCUCGGUGCGUUCGCCAGCGCCCAAAGUGAUACAGAUGAUGGGAAUUAUCGUUUUCAAACUCGGCCACCGCUGCCGGACGCUUCCGUGAUGCCAACGCUGGCCAACGGAAACAUCGGCUUUGUCGCGUACGGUGAAUACGUCCACCUGAACGGGGUGUACAAUGGGCUGCGUGGCAAGUCGCACCGUGCCCGCAUACCGAACUACGGCAACAUACAGCUGACGGCCUGUUCGCCCAGCAGCCCGGGAGGUGUAGCGUCCACCUGCACCUACCAGCUCAACAUGCGAACGGGCAAGUUUGUGACGGUCGAGGAGACGAGUGACUACCGGCUAGUGCACGAGAUGUACCCCCAUCGGUACUACGACACAGUGCUAGUGAACCGCAUUCGUAUACAGCGCCUCGGCUCGACCAACACCAUCACGGCACGGUUGUCUCAGAUCCCAGGGCUGCAGGCCGCCGACUUUACCUGGCAGCCGAGCACGGAGUUUGUCAUGUGGGGCCAGCUGUACAAAUCUCAGUGCGGCGUUACGGUGCAGGUCGAGGAGCCGACCGUGCAAGCGUUCGGGCACAAUGUGUGCGUGACCUAUCCGGCCAUCCCCGAGACGGUACAGAUAGAACCGGACACGAUGGCUAGAGAGUUUCUGUUCUUUACGGCAUUCACCAUGACGGAGGAGGACGGUCGGCGACAGCUGGAAGUCGUGACGGGUUUGACCGGUGCGCAGGAGGAAACGCUUCACAUGCGCGAAAUGGAUAGGCUGUGGGAGCGUUACGGAAUCAGUGUGGAACGCAACGAUGAGCUCGAUCGAGUGAUAAAAGCAAGUGCGUUCUAUCUGUUCAGCUCACUGCCGGCCCAUCAGGUGGCGACCUCCAUCGGGCGGUAUCCGUUCUACGGGCUUGCACCGGCCGGUCUGGGUCGCGGUGGUAUAGAGGAGCAAGAGUACCAGGGACACAGCUUCUGGGACACGGAGAUUUGGAUGUACCCGUCAAUUCUGCUGAUGGAUCCUAUCAAUGCGGCAAAGGUGCUGAGCUACCGUACCACCGUCAUCGGUGGAGCACGCAUGAACGCGAUGAAGAACGGUUUCGAAGGCAUCCAGUUCCCCUGGGAGUCUGCCUUUACCGGCACGGAGGUGACACCAGACUGCUGCCCGGAGGUGGCAGACUUUCAGCAUCACAUUACCGCCGACAUUGUGUUUGCGGCGCGGCAGUACUUCUACGCGACUGGCAACACGGACUGGCUUAAGUCGCACGGUUGCCGGCUGGCAGCGGACUCGUCGCUCUUCUGGCUGAGCCGUGCAUCCUACAACAACGCCACCGACCUGUACGACAUCCACAAUGCAAUGGGACCGGACGAGGACCAUCCGAACGUAUCGAACAAUGCGUUCACGAACGUGAUGGCGGCGCACAAUCUGUUCUUCGGGGAGUUCGCUUCUUGCUACUGCCGGGAUCAGACGGUCAACGAGACUGUCCGACGAGAGUUGCUGCAGGUUGCGCGUGGAUUAACGCUACUGUACGACGCUGAGGGUGACUUCCAUCCGCAAUUCGAAGGAUACCAGCCGGGCACACCAAUCAAGCAGGCUGAUACGGUGCUGCUCAUCUAUCCACUGCAGCACCCGAUGAAUGUCUCCACCAAGGCAAACAAUCUGCGCCAGUACUCGCAGGUGACGCGUGAAAACGGACCGGCAAUGACGUGGGCCAUCCACACGAUCGGGCACCUGGAGCUGGGUGAGGUACAGCAGGCGGCCACCAUGUUCGAUAAGAGCUAUCGCCAGUAUCUGCGCGCCCCGUUCAACGUGUGGAGCGAGAAUGGGAACAAUGAGCCGGGGGCGGGCAACUUCAUCACCGGUGCCGGUGGGUUCCUGCAAUCCCUCAUCAAUGGGUACGCGGGCGUACGGUUGCAUCAGGACCGGUUGGAGAUUAAGAAUGCACGGUUGCCGCCGGACACGCGCUCACUGCAUCUGCCAACGGUGGAGUACCGUGGCGUAUUGUUUGCGCUGACGGUGAACGAAACCGGGAUUAAGGUUGCGAUCCGGGCCGAGGGGCAGCCGGAUCUGAAGCUAACGGUCGACGGAACGGAGCGACGCAUCUGCAAGGAUUGUGAAUAUGAAGGCACAACCGCUAUCAUACAGCAGUUAAAGGACCAAAUAUUCGAAGGCUGCCGACUACGGCCAACUACCCUGGGCGUGAAGGUUGCGGACCAGACGGAUGCUGCUCCGGCUCUUCGCACCACGGCGUUGGCUUUCUUGUCCCUCAUCGUUUGCUUGUUGCUGAGCAAGAUGUUCUGAGGAAUCAAAAAGAGGGAGCUAAGGUUUAAGGCGUGUUUUACAAAAUAUUUUAUAAUUUUGUUCCGUAAUUCUAAAAUAUGAUGUAUUAUUUGUUUGCCUUUUUGAGAUUUAAGGUAACGUUUUUGUGUAAUAAAAUAACGAUGCUCUUUUCA